CCGUCUCGUCUCCUGUUGUGCAGAGUCUCGGCUCCCCGGGUUUCGGACAUGGGGCCAGGACUCGCUGCAAUGUUUUCUUGGAUCUGCUUGCUGUUAUUCACCAAUGCUGCAAAUGUCCCUGUGGAACACAAGUACCACCCCAGGCCUCUAUACAAGUCAAGCGCCGGGCCUGCACUGCCAACUGAAGGCCUGCGCCCAUCCCUCAUGACCCUGCAGAAGCAACAUUCAAAAGUGUACUCUGCAGUCCAGGAUUCCGACCCCACCCCUGAAAGCCAGUCCCCAUCCAGCCCCUCAACUCCAGGUGUGGUGUCCUCGGGCUAUGCGAACCAGCGCUUUGUGGCCUAUGCGGGCAAUUCCGACAAGCCUUCAAGUGCUCCUGCGCCCCCCGCUAACAAGUAUGCCAAUGCUCCCGGUUCAGGUUCAAGAUGGGCACUUUAUGAUCAGACAUCCAGCUACAGACCCUCAAAUCCCGAGGACCAAGUCGGCAUGGCUAAUCCAGGUGUCCAGCGGCACCGAAGUUGGGUAUUGCAAUCUUCCGGCGACAGGACCUCAACCGGUGGGCUCAAAUUAGAUGCUGUUAAGGGGCAGCCAGCAGUGAAUGGAGGUGGCAACCUUCUCCCAAGUUGGGCAGAAUACAUUUCGGUUUAUCAGCCGCCCUCCAGCUAUGAACCCCCAACUGCUUCUUUGCCCCUGUCUGGUGGUGUCAAAGUAAGUAAUCCUCAAGCAAAUAUAGGUUGGGCAGCGUACCAUCCAAUUGAUGUGCAACCUUCUGGCCACAAACGACCAGCAAGUUUAGGGCAAGUAAUGGAGACUCCAGCUGCAGGCGUGCCCUCAAAUUGGCCAUUCAAUCCAGUAUACAUGCAGUCUUCAACCUAUGAAUCAACUGCUCCAGAGGUUCCUUCUGGUGGUGUAAAAGGGAGUCUUCCUGGUAAAGGGAAGGAGCAAGCUCAAGCCAAUUUGGUUGGAAACCUGCCCCCAAGUUGGGCAUUGUUCAAUCAAGUAUUUACAUCUUCUGGCUAUGAAUCCCCAACUGCUCCAGAGAGCCCUGUCACAGCAAAGGAACAGCCUGCAGCUAAUCCAGGUGGCUAUCUUAAAGGUUGGCAAGUGUACAGUCCAGUUUAUGUGCAACCUCCUAGUUACAAACCCUCCACAAGUGGCGUUAACACAGUCAAGGGACAGCAGGCAUCUCAUCCUAGUGGCACGAUGCAAAAAAGUUGGACAGCAUACGGUUCAGUUGAAGCCCAACCUUCCAGCUCCAAACCAGCAACUGGCGGACUUGUCAAAGGGCAGCCAGCGUCUAGUCCAGGCGACCACCUGCAACAAGAAGGUUGGUCAGCAUACAGUGAAGUCUAUCCACCAACUGGUCCUGUGGUUGCGCCUAGCACUGGAAAAGGGCAGCAGGCAUCUCAAUCCGGUGGCACCCAGCAACAAAGUUGGGCAGCAUACAGUGAAGUCUACCCACCAUCCAGUUUCAAACCACCAACUGCCCCUGUGGUUCCUCCUGGCCCUGUGAAAGGGCAGCAGACAUUUCAUCCUGGUGGCCUGAUGCAAAAAAGUUGGACAGCAUACGGUUCAGUUGAAGCCCAACCUUCCAGCUCCAAACCGGCCACUGGCGUACUUGUCAAAGACCCGUCAGCAUCGAGUCCAGGUGACCACCUGCAACAAAGUUGGGCAGCAUACAGCGAAGUCCAUCCACCGUCAAUUUUCAAACCACAAACUGCUCCUGGUGGCACGAUGCAAAAAAGUUGGACAGCAUACGGUUCAGUUGAAGCCCAACCUUCCAGCUCCAAACCGGCCACUGGCGUACUUGUCAAAGACCCGUCAGCAUCGAGUCCAGGUGACCACCUGCAACAAAGUUGGGCAGCAUACAGUGAAGUCUAUCCACCGUCCAGUUUCAAACCAGCAACCCCUCCUGGCCCUGUGAAAGGACAGUGGGCAUCUCAUCCUCGUCGCACCAUGCAACAAAACUGGGCAGCAUAUAGUAAAGUCUAUCCACAGUCCAGUUCCAAACCAACUGCUCCUGGCCCUGUGAAAGUGCAGCCAGCAUCUCAUCCUGGUGGCACCCUGCAACAAAACUGGGCAGCAUAUCGUGAAACCUAUCCACCAACUGGUCUUGUGGUUCUUCCUGGCACUGUGAAAGGGCAGCAGACAUCUCAUCCUGGUGCCACCCUGGAGCAAAGUUGGACAGCAUACGGUUCAGUUGAAGCGCAACCCCCCAGCUCCAAACCGACAACUGGCGGAGUUGUCAAAGGGCAGCCAGCACCUAGUCCGAGUGCCGACCUGCACCCAAGUUGGGCGGCGUACAGUCAAGUCUAUGAGCCGUUAACCGCUCCUCUGGUUCCUCCCGGUGGUGUAAAAGGGAGUUCUCACAGCAUUGUUAAAGGCCAGCAAGCAUCUAUUCAAAGUGGCAAUCUACCCACAGGUUGGGUUGACUACAGUCCAGUUAAUGUGAAACCUGCAACUGGUUCAGUGAAAGUUAACCUUGCAAAGGGGCAAUCCGCAGUGAAUCCAGCUGACAGCCUGCUUCCAAGUUGGGCAUUGUUCAAUCCAGUAUUUACUUCUUCUGGCUUUGAAUCCCCAACUGCCCCCGAGACCCCCGUCACGUCAAAGGGACAGCCUGCAGCAAAUCCCGGUGACAACCUGCCCAAAAGUUGGGCCGUGUACAGUUCAGGUCAUGUGCAUCCGCCAAACUACAAACCCUCAGCUGGUGGUGUGAAGCAGCAGCCAGUCGUAAACACAGCUGAUCUGCUCCCAAACUGGGCAGCAUACAGUCAAGUCAGUCAUCCACAAACGUCUCUGGACAUUGUGAGAGGGCAGCCGGCAUUUAAUCCUGUUGGCACCCCGCAACAAAGUUGGGCAGCAUACAGUUCAGUUGAGGUGCAACCUUCCAGCUCCAAGCAUGAAACCGGUCUAAGGCAAGUUGAUCCUGUGAAGGGGCAAAGAACAGUGAAUCCAGUUGCCAGCCUGCCUCCAAAUUGGGCAAUCUUCAAUCCAGGUUACUUGUCAUCUUCUGACUCUGAAUUUCCAACAGCUCCAGAGGUUCCUGCUGUUCCUGUUAAAGUGAGUCCUCUUGAUCCCGGAAGGAGGCAAACCAUUGUGGAUGGAAACCAACCUCAAAGUUGGAUAUUAGGCCAUCCAAUGUAUGAGCCAGCUGCUUCUGAGAGUUCUGUGCCCGGAAAGGACCAACCUUCAGCUAAACUGUAUGGCAAACUGCAUAAAGGUUGGGCAAUGUACAGUCCGGUUGUUGUGCGACCUUCCACCUUUAAACCCUCAACUGGUGUUGACACUGUAAAGAGGCAACCGGUAUUAAAUGCAGGUGGCAACCUCCCCCCACAUUGGACCGCAUACAGUCAAGUCUAUCAUCCACCAGCUUCUCCUGUGGUUUCUCCUCCCAGCACUGUGACAGGGCAACUGGCAUCUCAUCCUGGUGGCAACCUGCAACAAAGUUGGGCAGUGUACACUUCUGGCACUGGGAUGGGGCAGACUCCUGGUUGGGUGAAAGUAGCUGCACCUGCCGGCAAAGGACAACAUGCAUUCUCUGAAGCCAAUCUAGCACACUCAACUGGUGGCGCCAAAGGUCACACUGGUAACGGCCAACCAGCACCACAUCCAGAUGGUAACCUGCACCAAAAUUGGGCCGCGUACAGUCAAUUGAAUCUACCGUCCAGCUACAAACCAAGUGGCACUGGUAAUGAGCAACCUGAAGCCCUUCCAGGUGCCAAGCAGCCUGCAACUCCUGCCAACAAAGCACCAAGUGGCGUUGGAGUUCUAGUCGGACCGUCCAUCAGUAAGGGCGAGCCUGCAGCGAAUCCAGGUGGCAACCAGCACCCGAAAUGGACAUCGUACAGCUCGGCCCGCUAUUGGUCACCCGGUUUCAACCCCUCAGUUGCUCCUGUACCCUCUCCUGUUGGUGCUCAUGUAAGUCUUCCUGCUGACGCUGGAAACUGGGGUGCAGGAUCUGUUUCAGGUGCAAAGCUGGGCUCCGGUUGGGCGGCAUAUGGGCAAAUCAAUAAUCCAUCGUCAAACUACAAACCCUCAAGAGCUCCCGGUUCUGGACACCAGUCCUCUCAGGGUGCGGCCAAACAAGUAUCUGGUUCACUUUCAAGUGGUGGCGUACAAGUGAGAAGUCAAAACAAGUUUCCUGCUCAUCCAGUUGGUCUCCUUGCCAACUGGCCAUACCUUCAAGUGGAUUCCAACGCUCAUGCCACAUCUGGACUUAAAGGCUAUCACUCUGCCGGUGUUCCCAACAGGAGCCCUUUGAAGUGGAUCACUUCCCAUCCAGGCCACCCCGGACAAGAUCUGGUCCGAUUUCCAAUGGAAACCAGUGCACCCUGGUUGUCAUCUCAAGUGUUUGCUGAUGAGUUGCCAGAGGAGGAGGAUGAUGACUACGACGAUGAGGAGCUUCCAACUUCUAUUGUUCGUAACCGAAACGGCUAUCAGCAACAGCGCAGAGAAUUCUCCAGAAUGCAUUAUUUCCAAAAGGAUGAGCAACCCUACGUUCCCUACCUGAGAAACAACCAGAGAAGAUCUCCAAAGGUCUAAAGAGGAUGAACAUGCUGCGUCGAUUCCCUGCUGAAUAAGAUUUAAUAAACUAAAGAAUCAACUAAACU